AUGGCUUCUCAAAGUGGUGUCCAGAAAGGCGAGGGUGGGUCAGAGGAGAACAUGGGCAAGAUCUUCUCAGUCUCCGGUCCCGUCAUUGUGGCAGAGAACAUGAUAGGGUGUGCCAUGUACGAGCUGGUACAAGUUGGUCAUGACAUGCUCGUGGGAGAAGUCAUCCGAAUCGAUCAGGACAAGGCCACUGUACAGGUCUAUGAGGAGACUGCCGGUGUCACGGUUGGUGACCCCGUACUCCGCUCCGGGAAGCCGCUUUCCGUCGAACUUGGCCCAGGUCUUAUGGAGACCAUCUACGACGGCAUUCAACGUCCCCUUCGAAGUAUCUCCGACGUAUCAAACAGCAUUUACAUCCCACGCGGCAUCGCUGUACCCUCACUCGACCGCGAGAGAAAAUGGGACUUCACGCCCGGGAAGCUAAAGGUUGGGGAUCACAUCACCGGAGGCGAUGUAUUUGGCAGCGUAUUCGAGAACACUCUCCUGAACGAUCACAAGAUCUUGCUACCACCCAGGGCACGAGGCACCAUCACCAGGAUUGCGGAGAAAGGCAGCUACACUGUCGAUGAGAAGAUCCUAGAGGUUGAAUUUGAUGGAAAGAAGACGGAGUACGGCAUGAUGCACAAUUGGCCAGUCCGUGUGCCCCGGCCUUCCACUGAGAAACUCUCCUCCGAUCAACCGCUCAUUGUCGGCCAACGUGUGCUCGACGCCUUGUUCCCCAGCGUACAGGGGGGCACUGUCUGCAUUCCCGGUGCUUUCGGUUGCGGUAAGACUGUCAUCAGCCAGUCUCUGUCGAAGUUCUCGAACAGCGACAUCAUCGUUUACGUUGGUUGUGGAGAGCGGGGUAAUGAGAUGGCGGAAGUGUUGAUGGAUUUCCCAGAGCUAUCUAUUGAGAUCGAGGGCCGGAAAGAACCCAUCAUGAAGCGUACCACUCUCAUCGCCAACACAUCAAACAUGCCCGUCGCUGCUCGGGAAGCCUCCAUUUACACAGGUAUCACUGUUGCCGAGUACUUCCGUGACCAGGGCAAGAAUGUUGCCAUGAUGGCAGAUUCCACAUCGCGGUGGGCAGAGGCCCUUCGUGAGAUUUCUGGUCGCCUCGGAGAGAUGCCUGCUGACCAAGGGUUCCCUGCUUAUCUCGGCGCAAAACUGGCUUCGUUCUACGAACGUGCCGGGCGUGUUACCGCUUUGGGUAGCCCUGACAGAAAGGGCAGUGUCAGUAUCGUCGGCGCCGUUAGCCCUCCGGGAGGAGACUUCUCCGACCCAGUCACUAGCAGUACCCUAGGUAUUGUGCAGGUCUUCUGGGGUCUUGACAAGAAGCUCGCGCAGAGGAAGCAUUUCCCGUCUGUUAACACAUCGCAGAGUUACACCAAGUACAACAACGCCCUCAACAAGUACUACGAAGAGAACAUUCCCGAAUUUCCCCGGCUGCGCGACAAGGUCAAGGAGUUGCUCUCCACCUCAGAGGAUCUAGAUCAGGUCGUGCAGCUAGUCGGCAAAUCUGCGCUUGGUGACCCCGAUAAGAUUACUCUGGACGUUGCUACAUUGAUCAAAGAGGAUUUCCUCCAGCAGAAUGGGUACAGUGACUACGAUCAGUUCUGCCCGCUCUGGAAAACGUUUUGGAUGAUGAAGCUUAUGAUGGGCUUCCACGACGAAUCACAGAAGGCGGUGUCUCAGGGCCAGAGCUGGAACAAGAUCAGGGAGGCGACUGGUGACAUCCAGAAGGGCCUUCGAGAUAUGAAGUUUGAGCUGCCUAGCGAUGGCGAGGAGAAGUACGAGGAUCUUUUGCAGAAGAUGCAGGAGAAGUUUGCGUCGGUCAUCGAUGAGUAG